UUAAAAGGAGAAAAGCAUGGGAAGGACACCUUGCUGUGAUAAGACCAAAGUCAAAAGGGGACAGUGGUCUCCAGAGGAAGAUAAAAUUCUCAAGAAUCACAUCCUUAACCAUGGCAAUGCUGGCAGUUGGAUUACCCUUCCCAACAGAGCUGGGCUAAAUCGUUGCGGCAAGAGUUGCCGAUUAAGAUGGCUGAAUUAUCUGAGACCAGAUAUCAAACUUGGAAAUUUUACACAAGAGGAAGACAACAUUAUCUGUUCUCUCUACUCUCAACUUGGAAGCAGAUGGUGUGUUAUAGCAUCUAAGCUUCCAGGAAGAACAGACAAUGAUGUGAAAAAUCAUUGGAAUAGCAAGUUGAAGAAAAAGGUUUCAGCAACAAAAGCCAACUUUGAUGAUAGGAAGGAAUUAGUUUUCAAUUCCUCAGAACAAGCAAUGAAAUUUCCAUUAUUUCCAAGUAGGGAGUCUGCUGAUAAAAACAUGGUUGAAACUGACGAAAACCACUCCAAGAUUUCAGCUUCCAUGGAAGGAUCAACGAUUUUCGGAACAUCUUCUGCUUCACUUGAUGAUCUUUCAUGGUUUGAAAGCUACUUUCCAAUGGAUUCCAACAUUAGUGAUGGCAUAUGGACAGAAAUUGGUGAUUUCCCACCCACUCUGAUCAGCUGAUUUGCUUAUGAAACACACAGGAAAUGUAGUAAUCUCUUGUUUAGUAUUUAGAUGCAUGAUUUAUUAGUGGAAUAUCAACUAGAAAAGAAACAUGACAAGUGUAAAACAUUAAAGAAAUUAAAAGGGGUGUUUACAUUAUUUAAUUUCUGGUUUCAGAUAUAUAGUUUUUGGACCUUAUACAAGUUGUGGCAUAAGUUAGUGUUGUA